UCCCUCCAUCUGCUCUCUUCCCUAUCUGUGUCCAUCUCAUUUAGUCUUUCUUGCUGGAUCUCCAUGUUGUGGCAUGAUCUUCACUUUGGUUUGGGUUCAUUUCUUUCAAAGUGCUGGCGCCCUGAACUUUGUUUUUAAUGGUUCUCAGCAGAAAUUGCCGUAAGAAAACUAAAGAAGGAAGAGGAACCAAGGGCCUUUGUGGUGAGAGAGGGUGCCAUGGCCACAUGCUCUCUGUCACUCUCUUGUUUGUUUUACCUCGCACUGGUUCAAAGCCGGAUUUUAUUUCCACAUUGUGGAUUUAAUUUGGCAAUCUUUAGCUGCUGCCGUGUCACCUUUAAGUUCCAAGCUCUGGUAAUUAGUGAGCUCCAUCUCCCAACAUCACAAGGGUUGUGUUACCAUGGCAACUAGCGAGCAGAGCUUUGUGAGUGCUACCGAGCAUCAGUGUUCAGCGUCUGCACAGAGAGAGGAAGAGACGCAUGUUAAGGCCCCUCUCACGACUAUGUAUGUCCACAGCAUUCCUGCCCCUGGCCUGCAGCCAUAUCCUCAGGCCAAACCUGGAGCCUUGCAGGAUGCAACGGUUGUACCACUGUUCCUUCAAAGGAUGCAUAGCAACUCGACUCUACCCUCUCUGACACUGCAUAUUGCCAGCGGGGCUGUUUUGCAACAACAAAGGCUAGUGGCUCCAGCAACCUUGGGCAGACUUAAGUCUGUUGGGAAGCAUAUUUGCCCACAGUGCGGUAAGGACUGUCUGAAGCCCAGCGUGCUUGAGAAACAUCUUCGUUGCCACACAGGAGAGCGACCAUAUCCCUGCACUACCUGUGGCAUUUCCUUCAAGACGCAGAGUAACCUUUAUAAACACAAGCGCACCCAGGCUCAUGCCCGCCUUUCCAGCGAAUCUGACAAAGGCACCUUCAGCAGCCAGGAGAGCACGGAGAGUUUAAAGGACAACUGUACUAGUCCAUCCUGUGAGAUGAAUGGUGGGGAUUCAGCAGACAUGAAGAGAAGCAAAGAAGUUCUUUGUGUAGUGACAAUACCGAGUCAGGUAAACUCUAUAGAGACUAAGACAAUGUCUGUAGAAUGGGCACUGCACAAUGCUGCUAUGGUUGGAUUAAGCACAACACCAGCACUUCAAGACAACGUAAAUUCUUUGAGAAAAACUGUGGAAUUAUCAGAUGGUGUGAAAAAUAAUCCUGCUGUCCAGGAGACAAGUGCACUGAGUGAGGAUGGAUGUACACAGCUGACUCCAAAUCGUAUGCCUCUUCAGAGGCAGGAAGCUUUAUUUUCCAAACCGUGGGAUUCCCCCAUGUCCCGAGGAAAAUCUCAAAGCCACGACAGUACAGACUCUGGCUUCAGUGAUAGCAGUGAGCAUCAUUCAUUCAGCAGUCCUGGAGCAAGUUUGCAUUAUCCCAGUAUGGAAUCAUUGACAGAAACCACUAUGGAACGGCAGGAACCAGGCAUCUCCCAGACACACUCAGAUAUGGCCCCUAACUCCAAAUGCAAGGUGUCUAUUCAGGAGAAGCAGAAGCUGGAAGAACGGAUUUCAAAGCUUAUAUAUGAGAAUAGUGUGUUGGUGGAUAAUAAACAAUUGGAAACUGUGCGGCCAAGAAAGACAAUAUUGUCAAAACAAGGAAGCAUCGAUCUUCCUGUGCCAUACACUUAUAAAGACUCCUUCCAUUUUGAGAUAAAGAGCAGCAAGCAUAACUCAAGCUCACAAAAUCAAGACAGAGGAGGUGGGGCAAUUCACAGCUCUGUGCCUACACAGCACUCCACUGGCUUGGAGCAUGCACCAUUAACACGAAGCAGUUCUUUACCCUUCCCUAUGGAUGGCAAACCUACUGAUGGAGCAAUGAAUUUGAAUCUUAGCAGACGGUGCAGUGCAGGGCAUGUUUACCCAUUAAGGUCAUCAGACCAACAAGCACUAUGUCAUCGCUCACUAGUUAGGCAGGUAGCGGUAGAUUGUCUGCCUAAUGCAGAGGGAUCUCCACUUGAAAGAAGUAGUAUUAGCAGUCUAAGCUCGGAUGGAGACAGCACUGAUGUUGGAACAGAGCCAACUAUAAAAGGAAACUACAGGAAGAAAGCCCGAAAAUUUGACUACACAAAAUGGCACACUUACAAAGGUGGGACAUUUACGAAACUCUACAAUACUGAGAAAGACUGUACACUGAAGGCGAAAAAGACUACACUGAAUUCUGACCAAAGCCUGGGAAUUCAAAUUAGCCAACAGAAGGACAAUGGAUCCGUGUCUCUGAGCUUUACUUCUUGUUCUGUUGUGACCUUACAAAAUGACUUUAAGGUGUCAUAUACCAGCUUUGAAAAUAAUAAGGGGGGAGACAUGGAAAGGGAUGAAAUAAUAACACAACACACUGACAUUCAUAUCCCAUCAGAGAGGAAGAAACAGCGCACUGGGAAUGAUGUGCAAAUGCUCAGUAUUUCAGAUCGUAGAACUGGAGAGGCAAAUGGAAAUCUGCGUGGUUUAUUUAGUCAGUUACCUCUGUCAACUUGUGCAACGUACGGUUCCAUCACAGUUCCGGCACAAAAGGUCAACAUGCAAAAUCUCCACCCGCAAGGUAGCUUUAUACAUCACUUGUCAAAUCCAAGUCAGUUCCUUGGUAAUACUCUUAGCCCUGCUUUUUGUUUUAUCAAUGUGAGUGGGACAUCUGGCACACCGUCUGGUUCUAUCAGCAGCCCUACUGUCCCUGAAGCCAAGACCAGCUUUCCUCCUAAAUAUCAGCUGAAGAUUCCGUGUUCCACAGAUGGAGUGUCGGCUUCUUGCUCUGGCUCCGCUUUGGAACAUAGCACUUGCUUAAAUGUUCCGGAUCUCAGGCAAAGUCGACAAACUACAGUGCAGUGUCAUCUUGAGAACAGUGUCCUACCCUCAAAGCAGUGUCAGGGUGUUUCAAUAAUCACGACCUUUGACCAGAGUAAACAAGAUGUAUUGUGUGCAACAACUUCAAUGCCUAUUUUAUCGCUUUCCUGUUCAGAGCUAAAUCAAACAAAUACUUUAUCCAAAUUCCUGACACAGGUUCAGUCUGCCACACCUACAUCAAUUUCAUUUGUUUCUCCACCAGUGCAGCAUCAAAUAUCUUUGUUGCAGAGCAACUGUGCAACACAUGUGGUAGAAAACCCGUCAACAGGUUUUGUAUCAUCAACCUCAGAGAACACUCAGCCUGUUACAUCACUGAACACGUCAACAGUGAGUUAUUGUUCAGAAUCUGGUAUACAAACCUGUUCUUCAGUAACUACAACACCUACAGUACAAAACCAUCCUGUCUCCCCUGUGAAUGAAUCAGGAAAACCUCUUGGUCUUACAGGGGACACCAAAUCCAAAGUAUAUGAGGAUACUCUGAAAAGCACGGCCUCUAAAAUGGCCACUGAUGACUUUCAAGGGCCUCAGUCUGAAGGAAACAUGAUACAUCUAAAUGGGUCAGCAAAGGCUCAAAACACAUUUUAUGUACGAACGGCAGACCUCCAGAUAGUCAUGCAGCUCAUUUCUGAUGAACAGCUAGCGCUGAUAGAGCCUCAUAUUGAAACAACAACUUCAAGCACUUUAACAAACCAGACAACACUUUCACAGGAGGUGUAUAGCAAUGAUGUGACUCAUGUGUGCAUGGCACAGGAAAUGGUAAAUAAUGCUGAGGUGAGCAAAAAGAACGGUUCCAGUUGUGAAUCUGCCAGUCCAAUAAACAAAGCAGAAAUUGUUUGUAGUUUAAACUCUCAAAAUGAUAAAAAUUUUACAAAUGGAAUCCCUCGAUGUGUUUCAUCUUGGUCACGUCCACAGACAAAGGUUCAUAUCUCAGCCUCAGUGGGUUACAAAAAAAAUUCAGCUGGACAAAUGUAUGAACCACAGAAGAUACCUGAGAAUUCACAGGAGAGAAAAUCUGCUGGGUUUGAAGUUACCACAGAGACACGCCACAAACUAGUGGCUGGAGACAAACUAAGUGAACCUCAUUUAGUGGACAGUAACUACUUUAGACGAAGAAAUGACAAAGAGCCCCAAAACUGUUCUGUCAAUAACCAAGAUUCUGACAACUCCUCUGAGGACCAAACAUUCAUAGAGACAUCCAGAGAUAAAGAGCUGUUCUGUUUAAUGGAGCCAUUGGAGCUGAAUCACACUAAAACUAUAACGAAUACUAAGCCAGUAGAGCCAAAUGAAACAGGCCGCCUCAUGCCAGUCUCAUUAUCAGGAAACUAUGACUUUAGAAACUCUACUGCAGAAUCACAUCAUAUGCAAAAAGAGCUAAACUCCACAAUGCAACCCAGUCACAAGAAUACACACUGGGCUGCACUGGGCUGCAUGUCUGCCUUUGCUCUAGGCCCAGGUGACUUUGGGAAUGACACCUAUAGUGAAGUGAAGCAAUCCUGUCCGAUGCUGAACAGGACAUCUAACGUUCAUAGCAUUCUUCAAGACAGUACCAGAUGUGGAGAUGUCCACACACACCAUGACAAUCUGGAAAUAUUCACAGGACCUGUGGAGGAUGGUACCCUCAAAAGCUUGCGGUUUCAGAGGGACCAUAGGAAACAGAGCAAUGAAUCAAUCCCCAAAGAUCCUGAGAGUGUAGGUGCAGAGGGGGAAAGUGCCAGCACAGAGGUGGCUGACAAGAACAACACAUACCAAGUUUUCAAAGACAAUGGCAAAAGGGACCAAAGAAAGGAAGAUGCAACUUCUUGUGAGGAGCAUCAGACAUUUGCUCAAGCUCAACAACAUGUCUCUCGGGAAGUGUCCCUCAACAUUUCAGAACCACUUCAGCAUGAAAAAAUUGGAGUGUUAAACAAUCCAGAAGCAUCUGUUUGCACAAACAAUGUUUCACAAACUUUUCAACAUCAAGGUCAAGGGGAAUGUAGCAACACCGGAAAAGACAGCAUGGGUGAAUAUUUGGGGAACAGUCCUUCUCAAGAGACAAGCCAAAAGGAGACAUCUUCACCAAAAUAUUAUAAUCCAACAUGCAGACCUCUUUUGGUACAUCCACUCAAAGUGAAUACAAUGCAAAAUGAAUUCCAAAAGGAGACACAGUCAAGGGGUCCUAUGAGCUACUGGAUUUAUUCAAAAGACAAUCAAGUACAGACAUCAAAGCACAAAAUGAGUGGCACAAUUGUAUCAGCCAGCAUUUUGCAAAAUAACGGUGGUGCUUCAAAGGCUAAGAUCAUUAAUGCAAGUAUUGCUUCAUCAUGCAAUGCUGGGCCCAGUUCUUGCAAUGCAUCACAUCAAAUGUCUAGUCAAAAACUACACACUCAUCAAAUAUGUCCCCCAGCCAUACAUAGCAACCCAGCAUAUUUAGGCAUCAGUAGUUACCUGGAACAUGAGGACAGUAACAGCAGCAGUGAUGAUGAGCAAAAACUAGUCAUUGAACUUGAGUAAGGUGGGAGUACACACAAAACAUGGCAAAACAUCUCAUUCUUACUCCCAAGGUGACUUGCCAUCAUUAGACUGACAUGAAAGACAUGGUAUUUUAUAAUCAUUAAUCUAUAUACUGGGGUAUAACUUUGUUAACAUGACAAACCGUAUGUUGAAGUAACAUUCAGAUCAAAGCUCAGUCAAAAUAAUGUUUUCAAAUAAAUAUUUUUUGGGGCGAAACAAUUGCUUUGCAUGAGGAACAAACCGAAAUUUAAUCAUGAUACAAGUCUGAAUUCUUAUGCUGAAAUCCUUCACACAUUCAUGAACUGCUGCCUGAAGAAGAUUUACCACAUCUUUGAUGUCAAAUGACAUUUCCUCUUUGUUUGUCUUUGUGACCUUCUGCAUCAUGCUGAAUUUUGGAUUUAUCUUUUCAAUGAGAAGUGGCUGUGUUUACUGAGAAGGAAGCUUUUCAUCUGUUAAAACCUUAUAUACUGUAGAGUGCUGCAAGUUUUCAUAGUCUAAGAUAGCUAUGGGUUCAAAAUGCAGCUAGUAAUUUAGACUUUUGUAGUGCUUUUUUGGUCUGUGCUUUCUCUCUUUUUCUUUGGAUAUAAUAAAAAAAUAAUACAUUUCAA